GGAUGGUAUCAGGGUGGUCGGCGACUUUCUAAGGUGAAGCCACACUACGCUUUCGUUUGGCCCAAGGACGGCAAACGCGGAACGACCUCUGGGCGAUGGAAAGACAUUCUCCAAAACAAGGGUCCAGAUAUCCAUGUCACAAUAAGCGCGGACAGAAAAGACCACCUGUACAAUCGACAGAGGAAACCGAGGUGGGCGAGGUGGAACGACGUCGAUCAUCGCGGGCCAGAUGGAGCGUUACGCGGGAUGCCGUGGACUCAAAAACAUCGACAACCCGGAGUAAGUUACGACUUUAAGGCUCGCAAGUAUCGCUACCCUAAGGGGAAUUCUUGGAUGGAUGUAAGGUGGCGGCCCGAGCCGAAUGCGAGAAUAGGACCAUAUGCAUUCAAGGAUAUGAAUGCACAGUGGUGGCAGGAC